AUGCUCUUCGAGGUCGGCGUACACUACAGCCUAGCGCACAUCUGCUUCUCCGCGGGUACGGAGCGGUUCAAGGAUACGAGCAGCUGGAUCCAAUCCACAGUAUCAUCGGUUGACAUUAUUCCGGUAGGGAUAUUCUUCUUGGCCGCUACCCUCCUCCUCGCUGAGGCGCUUCUCCUUCUGUUGUCCGCCAGCAGUGGUGCACGCAUGCUGGCUCUCUGCUCCAGCGAAGCUGGCAAGAGUUGGGUUCGGCCGCAGACCCGCACGUCUGGUUCGUAUUUUAGUCUACCGGUCCGUGAUCCCGCCGCCGACUCCGCGGUAUGGCCGGCUGUAGCCCUGCUUGCCCCAUACAAGCGCCCACCACGCCUCGCUGCCUCCAAACUGGCCGACCGCUUCGACGCGUCGUCGCGGGGUGUGAGCUCGGUGCGCGGUGGCGGUGUCAGGAGCCUGCUCCGAGCUUUUCGGACAUAG